CGAGGCGACUCCAAGCAUCUGCAGCGGCGCUCCUGGCUUCCCCGGCGGCUGACGUCAGCUGCUCCACCGCCGCCGCCGCCGCGUCAAAAUGCUGCUCUCCGUAGGGGUGAACGCGUACAACGGCUACGGGAGCAAAGGCAUCAAGAAGCAGACGUACACGUCUCCCUCCAUCCAUCAGAUGGCUCCGCCUCCGAGCCCCAACGGUGGCCAUCAUGGCGGGGAGCAGCUGAGCAAAACCAACCUGUACAUCCGUGGCCUUCACCCCGGAACCGCAGACCAGGAUCUGGUCAAACUCUGCCAGCCCUAUGGGAAAAUAGUCUCCACAAAAGCCAUUGUGGACAAAAUAACCACUAUGUGCAAAGGCUACGGCUUUGUCGACUUUGACAGCCCAGCCUCGGCUGAGAAGGCAAUGACGGCGCUCAAGAAGCUGGGCGUGCAGGCGCAGAUGGCCAAGCAACAGGAGCAGGACCCCACCAAUUUGUACAUCUCCAACCUGCCGCUCUCCAUGGACGAGCGGGAGCUGGAGAACAUGCUGAAGCCCUUCAGCCAGGCCAUUUCCACGCGCAUCCUGCGCGACGCAUGCGGAAUCAGCCGAGGAGUGGGCUUUGCCAGGAUGGAGUCAACAGAGAAAUGCGAGGCCAUCAUCCAGCAUUUCAAUGGAAAAUAUAUCAAGACUCCACCCGGAGUUUUAGUUCCACUGAAGCCUUUAUUGUGUAAAUUUGCUGAUGGAGGCCAGAAGAAGCGCCAGAGUCAAGGAAAGUACCUGCAAAAUGGACGAAGCUGGACCAGAGAUGGAGACACUGGCAGACUGACCCUCACCUACGACCCCGGCGCAGCCUUAGCCAACGGGUUCUACAGCAUGGCUUCCAACCGGAUGGUCGGGCUCGCCUCGCUUCCUCCGUACAUGCAUUCGCCCGUGUCCGCCUACCAGGUAGACAGAUGCUCAUGGGAAGACCUUCUCACUCAAAUUAACGUUGUGCUUGCUUGCUGUCAGGUGCACAACCCGUCGUGGCUCCACCAGCCGUCGUACAUCAUGGCGCCCUCGGGGGCCGUCCUGACGCCGGGGAUGGAGCACGCCGUGUCCAUCCAGCCCACGUCCAUGAUGGGACCCCUGGCCCAGCAGCUCGGCCACCUCUCCUUGGGCGGAAGCAGCACAUACGCAUCUCUGCAGGGGCCGUACGUCACCCAGUACCCGCAAGUGCCUCCCACCAACAUCUCAGUUGAGGAAAGCGCCGUCCAGCAGUCCAUCGCCAUAGAGACGUCCACCGAACCCACGAGCUUCUCCUACCAGCGUAACAAGUGAAGACAAGUUCCGACUCAUCUGACAAGCCUGGACCGUGACGCAGAAGGAACGCUCUUUUUUUUUUUCGGAGCUCCUCUGGUCUGGCAAAGACGGCGAUGGACUGAAGUGGGGAACAUUAUUUUGACCGACAUGUUUUGUUUUGUGGAGCUAUGAUUUUUCUUGCUUCUUUUUAUGGUACAUCUUUUUGUUUUGCUAUGAGUCUUGAUCUCACUCACAAUGGCGACCAACUCGUCCAACUUGUCACAGCGGCAGUUUCGUCGGUUGUGAAAGUUUGACAGAAGAGUCAUUUUUUGUUUGUUUUCUUCACAACGCUUUUGACAAUCACACAAUUCCUCUCGAGUGAAGAGCGACAUGGAUUGAAAUCAUUCCGGUGAAUGUGGUUGGCGUACACACGCCGGCGCCGCACUUCUUUGAAUAUUCCAACAAGUCACCAGUGCAUGUUCUACUUUUCCGAAGAAAAAAAAAACAAAAAAAAAGGGCUGACACCCCGUGCGCCAUCUUCAACACGUUUUCAAAAUACGGACAGCAAGUAAAAUGCAGAGCAGUUGGGAUACUUGCAGGCUGGUGUUUAUCUCCGCAACUACUUUUUGUUUGACGUGUGCUGUUUUUGUAUUAUUUAAAUGUUUUGUUUCAGAUUGUUCCUAGUUUUAUUUUUGAUAUCGUGUUGUGUUUCCAUCCUUUUUUCCUAUUUCCACGCCAUAUUUGAUUGGACGUUCUGUGCUUAUUCAUUUUUUUUUUGUACAAACUUUUUGAGCGCGAGUCCUGAUCUGGAAGUUCCGUUUUGGUUUCCAGCAGCCCCGUUUGUAAGGUGCUAUUGCGUCACGCCGGGUUUGAUGACAUCAUCAUUCCAGGGCUGCUGGGAACGAGCGCAAUGGUAGCGUUGAACUUUAUCUGCGACAGAUUGUUUUUUUACGGGGCAACGAGUUGCUUGAAUAGGCCGCUCACAGCUGGUACUGUGUCAAUACGUCCUCCGUCCAAACAUUGCUCAUCAAGUCCGAGGUCUGAUCUAUGCAAUGGCAAUAAUAUAUUUCUGAGAUACGUGACCUCAAAAUGUUGACGGGGGGGCUCACUGGGACUCAUGAAUGGUUGCUGCUAAUUUAGGAUGACUCAGCUUUUUUUGGAAAUGUACACCGUACUAAAUCUUGGGCCAGUCAUGAUGUCGCUCUUUACGUCCGUCACUUGGGAGAACAGCCGCAGCUUUGGAUUUGAAAAUAAAUAAGUGUUGACCUCCGUCAAGGAGGCAGAUGUUUUCAA